GAUGAGAAAAAUGGCGGCCCCGGUUUUAGAAUGCACAGGUUUAGAAGCUGGUCAAAUGAGAACACGUGCGACGAGUUUGACUUCACACAUUUUCCAACAGGGCAACCAGGUGUUCUUGCAGCCACAAAAGACGAUGGGACCAUUAUGUAUUAUAAAACCCUUGUAGAAACAAAUGGUCACUUCGUAUUGUGCCGCCAAUACCACCCAGAACUUGGCGAGAAUACAUAUCACCUCUGGACCCGGUACAUGUGCUUCAGUCCCAGCGACGUUGCCAGAUUGUUAAACCGUAUUUCUUCGGACCCAUCUAUGAGAGAACAGAAGUAUGUGGCAAUGGAACAUACUGGAGUUUGCGGGAUGCCCCCUGCAGCCAGUUGGUCUGAGAUUCUCGAAUAA